UGAAACAAGCUACGCAUGCCCACACAUACACUGGCUGCUGCGGCCCCCGUCCGCGCUAAUCACAGGGUCCCUGUGUGUGUCUGUGUGUGUGUGUGUUUGCAUCGGACGUGUGUAUGCGCGUGUGUUCCUGGCUGCGGUACAGCAGAGAGGAUAUGUAGCUUCCUGUGCGCUGCUAAGCAGCCCAAGCUCAUUCUGCCGCAUGCCGCUCGCCGCCACCAUUACGCAGAGGAAUUCCCUGCCGUCCCCGCGGCUGCUGCCGCUGCUCAGGGAGAGUGUGAGUGCUGGAUGGCGAGAGAGAAGGAGAGGAGACGCGCUGAGAAGCAACAUUGACAGAUAGAGGACACGGCCGGCUUUUACAUGAAGAUGUGCAGCGUUCGUCUCUGAGGAAAUCUACUCUGUUCAUGGGAUUUAUUGCUGACUUUUGUCCACCUCCCAAAUUGCGCUUGUAUGUAAGAGGGAACACUGUGUAUUUAUGUGUGAGAGAGUGUGAGGGAGAGUGCGCGCGAGUGGUCCUGAUGCGGUCAGAACGAGCAAGUCGUGUGUGUAUUGUGGUGCUGGAGGAGGUGGAGGAGGAUGAGCCCUCCUGUUCACCCCCGCCUCCUCGGCCCAAACCAUCCCCUGAUCGCAGAUCCCACCUCGCCUCUCGAAAGGCUGCAGCUCAGGGAGACAAGCCGUCUCUGUUAAGAGCCAUCUUCAACGUCGACCCGGAUGAAGUUCGCUCCCUCAUAUUCAAGAAAGAGGAUGUCAACGUUCAGGACAAUGAGAAGAGGACGCCUUUGCACGCUGCAGCCUACCUGGGAGACGCUGACAUCAUCGAACUGCUCAUCCUCUCUGGAGGCAGAGUUAAUGCCAAAGAUAACAAGUGGUUGACUCCUCUUCACCGAGCUGUCGCCUCUUGCAGUGAGGACGCAGUGGCGGUGUUGCUGAAGCACAGCGCGGAUGUCAACGCCCGGGACAAGAACUGGCAGACGCCGCUGCACGUGGCAGCCAGCAGCAAGGCGGUGCGCUGUGCCGAGGCUCUGGUCCCGCUGCUCAGCAACGUCAACGUGUCCGACCGCGCGGGUCGCACCGCCCUGCACCACGCCGCCUUCAGCGGACACGUAGAGAUGGUGAAGCUGCUGCUGUCCAGAGGAGCCAACAUCAACGCAUUCGACAAGAAGGACAGGAGAGCCAUCCACUGGGCCGCCUACAUGGGUCACCUGGAGGUGGUGAGGUUACUAGUGGCCAGUGGAGCAGAAGUUGACUGUAAGGACAAAAAAGCCUACACACCACUCCACGCAGCUGCCUCCAGUGGCAUGAGCAGCACCGUGCACUACCUGCUCGGCCUGGGGGUCCACGUUAACGAGGUGAACGGCUAUGGCAACACUCCGUUGCAUUUGGCCUGCUACAAUGGGCAGGACGUGGUGGUCAGUGAGCUCCUGGAGGCAGGGGCCAACGUCAACCAGGUGAACGAGAGGGGGUUUUCUGCUCUCCACUUUGCCUCCUCCUCACGCCAGGGGGCUCUGUGCCAGGAGCUGCUGCUGGCCCACGGCGCUCACAUCAACAUGCAGAGUAAGGAUGGUAAAACCCCCCUCCACAUGGCAGCUACCCAUGGAAGGUUCUCCUGCUCUCAGGCCCUUAUUCAAAAUGGAGCAGAAAUUGAUUGUGAGGACAAGAGCAGAAACACUGCCCUCCACAUCUCUGCCCGCUAUGGCCAUGAGCUCAUCAUCACAGCACUCAUCAAACAAGGAGCCAACACGGCCAAGAGAGGGAUUCAUGGGAUGUUUCCUCUACACCUGGCAGCUCUUAGCGGCUUCUCGGAUUGCUGCAGGAAGCUGAUGUCCUCAGGGUUUGACAUGGACACCCCUGACGACUUUGGAAGGACCUGCUUACAUGCUGCUGCAGCUGGAGGAAACCUGGAGUGUCUGAACCUGCUGUUAAACAUUGGAGCGGACUUCAAUAGGAAAGACAACUUUGGAAGGACUCCUCUACACUAUGCAUCAGCCAACUGCAACUACCACUGUGUGUUCGCCCUGGUGGGCUCUGGGGCGAGCAUCAAUGAGCGGGACCAGAGGGGCUGCAGCCCCCUGCACUACGCCGCCGCAGCUGACACUGAUGGAAAGUGUGUGGAGUACCUGUUGAGGAACGACGCCGAUCCGGGAAUGAGAGACAAACAGGGUUACAGCGGUGUGCACUAUGCCUCAGCUUAUGGACGCACACUCUGCCUGGAACUGAUGGCAAGUGAGACGCCUCUUGAUGUGUUAAUGGAGACAUCAGGGACCGACAUCAUGAGUGACUCCGAGAGCCACGCCCCCGUCAGUCCACUCCACCUAGCGGCCUACCAUGGACACUGUGGAGCUUUAGAGGUUCUGUUAUCGGCCCUGCUGGAAGUGGAUGUUUGCAGCCCAGAGGGCCGAACCCCCCUCAGCCUGGCCUGCUCCAAGGGUCACCAGGAGUGUGUGUCUAUGCUGCUGCACCAUGGCUCCUCACCCAUGACCCGCGAUUAUACACACAAAAGGACAGCCAUACACGCCACAGCUAUGAAUGGCCACCCGGAGUGUCUGCGCCUGCUCAUGAGCACCAACGACCAACACAUUAACGUGGAUGUACAGGACACUAAUGGACAGACGCCUCUGAUGUUGGCAGUGCUGAAUGGACACACAGAGUGUGUGUACUCUCUACUCAGCCAAGGAGCCGGUGUGGACUAUCAGGACCGCUGGGGGAGGACGGCACUCCACCGAGGGGCGGUGACCGGCCAGGAGGAGAGCGUCGAGGCUCUCCUGCAGCGCGGGGCCAGCGUGUGUGUGAGAGACAUCCUGGGCCGCUCCCCUCUUCACCUGGCGUCCGCCUGCGGCCGCGUGGGCAUCCUGGGGGCCCUCCUGCAGGCCGGCGGCACCACCUCACUCACGCACCUCACCGACAACCAGGGCUACACACCGCUGCACUGGGCCUGCUACCACGGAUAUGACGCCUGUGUGGAGGUGUUGUUAGGCCAAGAGCUGAUCAAGAAGAUUAAAGGCAACCCGUUCAGUCCUCUGCACUGUGCCGUUAUGAGCGACAACGAGGGAGUGGCUGAGAUGUUGAUUGACGCCCUGGGCGCAGCCAUCGUCAACGCCACUGACUCCAAGGGCAGGACGCCCCUUCACGCCGCGGCUUUUUCCGACCACGUGGAGUGCGUCUCCCUCCUGCUCAGCCAGGGAGCGCAGGCCAACGUAGUGGACACGCACAUAUGCAGCACCCCGCUGAUGAUGGCAGCUCUGAACGGACAGACCAACACUGUGGAGAUGUUGGUGAGCAGCGCUAAAGCAGACUUCUCAGUACAGGAUACAAACAGGAACACGGCACUGCAUCUGGCUUGCAGCGAGGGUCAUGAGACGAGUGCCCUGUUGAUUCUGGAGAAGAUCAGCAAUAAGAACCUCAUCAACUGCACCAACACGGCUCUGCAGACGCCUCUGCACGUAGCAGCCAAGAAAGGUUUGACCGUGGUGGUCCAGGAGCUGCUGAGGAAAGGAGCCAGCGUUUUAGCAGUGGACGAGAACGGUUACACUCCUGCUCUGGCCUGCGCUCCCAACCGGGAUGUGGCCGACUGCCUGGCGCUCAUCCUCAACUCCAUGAUGCCCACCUCCCCCAUGGUCACCAUAGCAGCUUUGCCUGCGCACUCUCUAACUCAGACGGUCAUUAACCACCACCCCGUCAGCAACCACGUCUCCAAAGGCGUGGCCUUUGACGCCCCGCCCUCUCUGAGGCCCGACCAUGCUUCCUGCUGCAGACCAGUGAGGCCACAGACAUCCAUCGUUGGGGAUGAUGAACUGAAUGACUCGGAUUCAGAAACAUACUGAGGACAUAACUGAACCCCACAAUACUGACAAGCUAGCCAGCCACUCAGGAGCCUUAAUAGAUCAUUCAAAAAUAGAACCAGUGUGCAGAAUAUUUUUAGAUAAGCUUCUUCAAAUCUAAAAAUAACCUUUGUUUUAGAACCCGUUUCUUUCCUUAAGGUACAUACUCAUGGGGUGAUCUAGAAGAUAGAAUAAGGUCACACACUGUUUAUCAUAUUUAUUAUGUACAACAUCACUGUAUGGUCAGUAACAUGGCCGGUGUAUUUAAUUUUCAAGCAAUGUUUUCCUUUUUUAAACCAAGUACCUACUCUUUGUAGUGGUUUUAAGCCUUUUAACAGUUUUUCCUUUUCACAAACACUAAAAGAGCAUCUACGAGAGAAACGCUCAAUAGGACUUUUUUGGUCACUGUUGUAUCAAGAAAAGAAUGGUGGAUAAUGGUAUGGGACCAGUAGGAGCUGUUUUCCCUAUACUUAAGUUUUCACUGAUGGCGGUCACAUACGCACAUUGCUAAUGCUGCAUCAGUGUUAGCCACUUUUUAAUUCCUUGGAGAGGAAGCCAUUAUUUAAUCUUGUGAAUUUAUUCCAAGUGGAGACUGAACCCACGGGAACCGAUUAGGACAGCAGGUAACUGUCAGACCUGUGUACUUUAUGAUUGGAUAAAUGACCUGAAUGAGCUGCUUAAGGAACCUUUAACUAGAAAUGCUGUAACUACUCUGACUGUGUACUGCACACACGACUGGGGAAAGUGGCUGACACUGUGUGUGUGUGAUUGAUAAAUAUCGCCUUUUUUUAAAGGAAAAAGCAGCUUUCAUGUGGAGGAUGGAUGCUACUGGUGAUGUUUGUAAAGAUAAAGUAAUGAUCAAAUAAAGGGAUUUGUUUUAGAUUCA